CCAUUUUAUCAUUCUAAUAAUUAUUUUCCAAAAAUGGCCGAUAAAAUGUUCAAAGCAUUGUUGUGGGCUUUUGCCACGGCGGUUCUAAUGGCCGAGGCGGUUCGUGGACAACAAGUGCCUUGCUAUUUCGUACUCGGAGACUCUGUCUUCGACAAUGGUAACAACAAUGACUUGGAUACCUUGGCCAAAGUCAACUAUUCGCCUUACGGUAUUGAUUUUGCUAGAGGUCCUACCGGCCGGUUCAGCAAUGGUCGUAAUAUUCCCGACUUUAUCGCUGAAGAAGUGGGAUUUAAAUAUGACAUUCCACCAUUCAUCAGAGCGUCGACGGAACAAGCUCACACCGGAAUAAACUACGCUUCUGGUGGUGCCGGACUUCUCGAAGAAACUAGCCAACAUUUAGGUGAAAGAAUCAGUUUUGAAAAGCAAAUAACGAAUCACCGGAACAUGAUUUUGACGGCGAGAGUUCCACCGGAGAAGCUUAAGAAAUGUCUAUAUACAAUUAAUAUUGGAAGCAAUGAUUAUCUCAACAACUAUUUCAUGCCGGCUCCGUACACUACCAAUGGCAAUUUCAGUUUCGAUGGAUAUGCUGAUUAUCUAAUUCGAAGUUAUCGUUCUUAUUUGAAGUCAUUGUACAUCUUAGGAGCAAGGAAAGUGGCGGUGUUUGGGGUGAGUAAGCUUGGGUGCACGCCGCGGAUGAUUGCCUCUCAUGGUGGAGGUAAAGGCUGUGCUGCUGAAGUAAACAAAGCGGUCGAACCUUUCAACAAGAACCUCAAAGCUCUCGUAUUUGAAUUCAAUAGAAACUUUGCUGAUGCUAAGUUCACCUUCGUUGAUCUUUUCAGCAGCCAAAAUCCUAUUGAGUAUUUCAUUUUAGGGUUUACGGUAACAGACAAAAGUUGUUGUACGGUAGAAUCAGGGCAAGAACUUUGUGCGGCAAAUAAAUCGGUUUGUCCGAAUCGAGGACAGUACGUGUACUGGGACAAUGUCCACAGCACAGAAGCAGCUAAUAAGGUUGUUGCAGAGGCUGCGUUUGUCGGACUCAUUACGUCUCCUUACAGUAUUUUACUGCUUACACUAUAAUAUUGCUAGUAAAGCCUGAAAAGAUAU